AUGGCCGAGCCGCGUGCUCGCCUCCUCUCCCUCGCGACGCUUCACGAGCCGCAUCCGUUUGGCCAGCACGCUUCCAUCUGCCCACCGAAUCGCGCCGCGCUCCUUCUGUGGAGCGCGCAGGCCGUUCCGCUCGCCUCCGCCAUCAGCAAGACUGCCAGGCGACCGGUGGACAUCCGCCUCUUCACGCGCUGCCUCGAGGAGAGCGAUGGGGCGCAUCUCUCCUCCGAGGGCGUCGCGGUGGUCGUGCACAACACCUACCGCCCGGCACUGGUCCAAGCGGUGAAGGCGCUGGCCGCGGCGCGAUUGCAGCCGGAGGAGGGAGGCGGGCUGAAGUUUGGGCAAGCAUGGUACUGGACCACGCUGCUCAAGUGGCAGAUCAUGGCGCUGACGGGCGCCGAGGCGCCUCUCCGAGGACACUGGACACCGCGCACCGAGCGCGUGGGCAUCCUGCCGUUCCUCAAGCAGGACGACUGGGGUGUCAUGGUCGGCGUGGGCAUCGACCAGGGCUUCUUCUACUACUUUUUCCGGGCGCGCCGUGACCACACAGAGACGGGGCAGUGGACUCGCCUCGCCGCUCCGCAUCACUACUCCGAUGCAAUCCCGCCUGGCGCUGUCAGCGAGCGUACAACGUUUGGCACUACGCAGGGGGGUGUAAGCCCUACGAAUGCAUCCAAAGAGGCAAAGCGUGCGCAAGCCAAGACAAGAGGGGCGGGCUGGUUGAAGCAGGUAAAGGAGGCGCGCAUCACCGCAGCCACCGUCUCGUGGUCGCUGCGCGCCUCGGCCGCCAUCGCCAGUCUGGUCGGCAAGCUUCCCCUAGAGGCUUCGUUGCGGCUACGGGCGGAGAGCAGCGCCGCAUUCCUGGCCGUUGGGCUGCGCUGCUUCGCGCAAAGCUUUGCACGCUACACCCUUCGCCAUUUCACCGAGCGCGAGGUGGUGCCCAAUGCCUCGGUGCGGCAGGUGCUGCUCCACGCGGCCCCGGAGGCGGAGGCGGCGCUCGACUUGCUGCAAGACGCGGAGCACUCCCUCGCCGUCCUUGGUCGACAGGCGGCCGAGGCACAGGGCGGCGGACGGAACGAGAGCGAGGGGGCUGCGGCGAGAACGGGCGGCGGCCCGCAGAGCCCAGAGCGGGUAGACGUUGGGAGAGAUGAGGCUCGUGACAGUGUAGAACUCUACACGGUCUACGGCUCACACUUGUAA